AUCUAGUCUUCUUCUAGUCUCAAUUGAUAUACCCCGCAACUAACAUUCAUCAUGGGUGACUAUUUGACUCCCUCGGAAUUGCCUCAGCCCAAGUUGAAAAGAACCAACACUGGGUUCACGCCCAACCAGAUUAUCGCCCUCGAUGCCUCCAUCCCGGAACUGGCCAAACACAUCUGGUACAAGUACUCGCAGUUGAAGGUGUUGGACUCCAAGAAGCAGACCGCUACCACCGAAGACGAUGUCUUGACCAACAAGGAUGCCUUUGAGGAGCUGUUUGUCAAACAUGUGGAAACGACUUUGGCCAGAAACAUGUACAACUGUGACAACUUGGCUGCCUACCAGGCCACUUCUAACACUAUCAGAGACGCGUUAUUGAUUGACUGGGCCAACACUCAGCAGAAGCAGACCAUCCAGGAUGGAAAGAGAGUGUACUACUUAUCUUUGGAAUUCUUGAUGGGAAGAGCCAUGGACAACGCUUUGAUCAACUUGAAGCUGAGAGAUAACACCAAGAAGUCAUUGACGGAAUUGGGUUUCAAUUUGGAAGACGUUUUGGAACAGGAGCCAGACGCUGCCUUAGGUAACGGUGGUUUGGGUAGAUUGGCUGCCUGUUUCGUUGACUCUCUCUCAUCGAAGAACUAUUCCGGUUGGGGUUACGGUUUGAACUACCAGUACGGUAUUUUCAAGCAGAAGAUUGUUGAUGGCUACCAGAUCGAAACUCCAGACUACUGGCUCAAGUACUCAAAUCCAUGGGAAAUCAUGAGAAGUGAAAUCCAGAUUCCUGUAGACUUCUACGGCUAUGUGUAUGAAGAUCAUGACCCAAACACUGGCAAGGCUAAGAAGAUUUGGGCUGGAGGUGAGAGAGUUCUUGCUGUGGCUGCCGAUUUCCCAAUUCCUGGUUUCAACACAGACAACACCAACAAUUUGAGAUUGUGGAAUGCCAAGCCCACCGAAGAGUUUGAUUUCACCAAGUUCAACGCCGGUGACUACCAGCAGUCUGUAGGCGCUCAACAAAGAGCCGAAUCCAUCACCUCUGUCUUGUACCCUAACGACAACUUUGAGAGUGGUAAGGAAUUGAGAUUGAAGCAACAGUACUUCUGGGUCGCUGCUUCAUUGCACGAUAUUGUUCGUAGAUUUAAGAAGAACCACAAGAACAACUGGAAGAAGUUCCCAGACCAAAUCGCCAUCCAAUUGAAUGAUACUCAUCCAACUCUUGCCAUUGUCGAAUUGCAAAGAAUUUUGGUAGAUUUGGAAGAUUUGGAAUGGAACGAAGCCUGGAACAUCGUCACCAAGGUGUUUGCUUACACUAACCACACGGUUAUGUCUGAGGCAUUGGAAAAGUGGCCUGUAGACUUGCUUGGUAGAUUGUUACCUCGUCAUUUGGAAAUCAUCUACGAUAUCAACUUCUUCUUCUUGAAGGAAGUUGAACGCAAGUUCCCAGACGACAGAGACUUAUUGGGUAAGGUUUCUGUAAUUGAAGAAAACGCCCCCAAGUCUGUAAAGAUGGCCUUCUUGGCUAUUGUUGGUUCUCACAAGGUGAACGGUGUGGCUGAAUUGCACUCAGAGUUGAUCAAGACGACCAUCUUCAAGGACUUUGUCAAGGUGUUCGGUGAAGACAAGUUCACCAACGUCACCAAUGGUAUUACUCCUAGACGUUGGUUGAGACAAGCCAACCCAGAGUUGGCAGCCUUGAUUGCCGAGAAGUUGAACGAUCCAAACUACGAAUACUUGACCAACUUGGGCCGUUUGAAGAAGUUGGAAGAGUUUGUCAACGACGACGAAUUCUUGAAGAGGUGGGAUAUCGUCAAAUUCAACAAUAAGGUGAGAUUAGCUGCGUUGGUGAAAGAAACCACUGGUGUAGUAUUGGACCCAACUGUGUUGUUUGAUGUUCAGGUCAAGAGAAUCCACGAGUACAAGAGACAGCAGUUGAACAUCUUUGCCGUUAUCUACCGUUACUUGAAGAUCAAGGAAUUGUUACUGCAAGGCGUUUCUGUUGAUGAAAUUAAGGAAAAGUACUACAUCCCCAAGGCUUCCAUCUUUGGUGGUAAGGCUGCUCCCGGUUACUACAUGGCCAAGACGAUUAUCCACUUGAUCAACAAGGUUGGAGACAUCGUCAACAAUGACCCAGAAAUUGGUGACUUGUUGAAGGUUGUUUUCAUUCCAGAUUAUAACGUGUCCAAGGCAGAAAUCAUUACUCCAGGUUCCGAUUUGUCCAACCACAUCUCGACUGCUGGUACUGAAGCUUCCGGUACUUCCAACAUGAAGUUUGCCUUGAACGGUGGUUUGAUUAUUGGUACUGUUGAUGGUGCCAAUGUCGAAAUUACCCGUGAAAUCGGUGAAGAAAACAUCUUCUUGUUUGGUAACUUGGCUGAGUCUGUUGAAGAUUUGAGACACAAGCACAUCUAUGAAGGUGUGCACAUUCCUCAGACUUUGGCCCAGGUAUUCUCUGCAAUUGAAUCGGGUAUCUUCGGCAAUCCAGACGAGUACAAGGCAUUGAUCGAUGGUAUCAAGUACCACGGCGACUACUACUUGGUCAGCGACGACUUUGAGUUGUUCUUGGCUGCCCACGUGAAGUUGGAAAAGGUGUUUGGACACCAUGGAGGAGACGCUAGCGACACCGACCAUUUGCACAAGUGGGUCAAGAGUGCGGUGUUGAGUGUAGCCAACAUGGGUUUCUUCAGUAGUGACAGAUGUAUCGAUGAGUACGCCGAAGACAUCUGGAACAUCGAGCCUUUGAACCAAUAGAGUGUCCGUAGCGUUUUUUCAAUUCUCUAUCUCUAUACAUUUUACAGCUUCGUCUUGUUUUGAGACGGUUAUGAUUGCUUUUAGUUUUUAGUUAUACAUGUGUUUGUUG